UUUAUUUCCUCCUCCUAUUUAGAUUCUCUUUCUCCCACACAAAGCGAUUACGGUUACUACCAAUCUGUCUCUCUCAAUCUCAUGUACACACUCUGAGAGGCUCUGUCCAGUCCUCACACCAUCCUCUCUUUCUGAGUUUCUGUCUUUCUUCAUCUGAAUUCACACUUUCUCGGACCAAACACCUCUUUCUCAUGAAUCUCAAAUAUGCCAAGUAAAGGCCAAACACCAACAUUGGCCUCUGCACCAGAAGCAGAUUCUUUCCUCGACGAUGGGGAAGAAAGGAGGGAGCUGGUUCUCGUCGGUGAAGAAAGUUUUCAAGUCUUCUUCUAAGGACUCGCCGGUGCCGGAGAAGAAGAAAGAGAACAAGGAAGAGCAGUGGCAGCAGCAUGUGGCGCCAGAGGAGGUUUCUGUGGAGCAUUUUCCUGCAGAGAGUUCUCCAGAUGUUAUCAAUGAAGGAAGUGCCACGUCGUCAACACCAGUGACUGAAGAUAGAAACCAUGCCGUUGCCUUUGCAGCAGCAACUGCCGCUGCCGCCGAGGCGGCGGUGGCAGCUGCUCAAGCAGCUGCUAGAGUUGUAAGAUUGGCGGGUUAUGGACGCCAGCCGAAGGAAGAAAGAGCUGCAAUACUCAUUCAAUCAUACUACAGAGGCUACCUUGCUCGACGUGCAUUGCGUGCUUUGAAGGGAUUGGUGAGGCUGCAAGCGCUAGUGAGGGGACAUAAUGUGCGAAAGCAAGCUCAGAUGACAAUGCGAUGCAUGCAUGCAUUGGUUCGAGUGCAGGCAAGAGUAAGAGCUCGCAGACUGGAGUUGACUGAGGAGAAGCUUCAGAGAAGAGUUGAGGAACAACAUGAAUGUCCUAAGCAGUUUUUGAGCCCCAUCAAAAUGUUAGAUAUGGAUGCUUCCCAGCACAUUAAGGAAAACCAUUAUUUCAGGAAACAUGAAGCUGUAAUGAAAAGGGAGAGAGCUCUUGCUUACGCUUUCAACUGCCAGCGGCAGCUGAAGCAAUACAUGCACAUAGACCCAAAUGGUGAUGAUAUAGGAUGCUACAACACUGAGCGUGAAAGACCACAAUUGGAUUGGAACUGGUUGGAACGUUGGAUGUCAUCACAACAAUCACCCAACUUAAGACCACGUGAGACCCUUUAUAGGACUCUUGCUAAUGCUACCACUGAUGACAUGUCUGAAGAAAAGACAGUUGAAAUGGACAUGGCUGCUAACAUGGGCUUCAUGAACCAAGAAUCUUAUGACACAAGCCCAAUUUCUAAUAGGUACCACCAGCGCCAGCAUAGUGCAGGUAUACCUAGCUACAUGGCCCCAACCCUGUCUGCAAAGGCCAAGGUUAGGAGUCAAGGGCCUCAAGGCCCGUUUAAGCAACGUGGUUCACCUGGGCCUCACUGGAACUCAUCCACCAGGAGAAGUUCUGCUAUUGGGCUAGGCUGUGACUCAUCUAGCUCCGGUGGGCCCACUUCAGCCCAUGUCUCCCCGAGAAGCCCAAACCCAAAAAUUAAUGAGAUUCGUCUCCAAUCUAGACGGAUUUCAGGUGGCAGCCCAGAUAAUGUUCACAUUGAGGAUUGGGCCCUUCCCCUUGGAGCCACCAAUGGCUGGCCUUGACUUGAUUAAUUUAUGGUUGGCCUUUGACUUCAUUAAUUAAUUUAUUUUUCUAUAUAUCAUAAUCAUAAUAAUAGCAUGCGUUUGUAUGGUCUGAACUUCGGUCGUUGACAUGCAAUGGUUCUUACUAUAAUAUGUCGUGGUGUCGACUGUCGAGUCAUGAACAACAAUAUCUGAGAUUGUAUACCCCUUUCCUCCUUAAACACACCAAAAAAAGUGAGAUCGUAAUGUCUAGGAACCCCAUUUUAUGUUCUGUUUGGCAUGUAAGAAAAUGUUUGGUUUUUUGUUUUUUUUUCUAAAGAAAAUUAAUAUUUGUUUGAGUGUUUC